AUGGAAAAUAAGAAAAUAUUCAGAAGGAACAGAACUAGGAGGAAGACAAUGCCUCCAGAGACACUCCCACUACCUCCAAAGCCCACUGAGAAAGCUCUCAAUAACUUAACAGAGGUUCGAGAGCUAAUCCUUCAACUCCAGAGACCUCUCAUGAUAAAAAUGAAACAAUUUGAGGAAAAAAUCACUAAACUUGACUUGCUCUAUUCUGAAUUAAAGAAGGAAAGAUAUAAGAAGUACAUAAAGAGAGCUGUGAAGAAAAAAGUUUGUGAUAAAAGACUCAGCUUCUCUGCUGCUACCUUCAGAACGAAGAGCACUUUUACAGGCCUUAAAUGCGAAGAGAGGACUAAGAUAAAGAAAUCUCCACUUGAGUUUAAAAAUACACCUAUUAUUAACAAGGCUGUGACCAAGGUCGAAAUCGACAUGACUGAUUAUGAAAAGAGAAGCAAGAAGAUAUAAAGUCUAGCAGGUCUAUUGAUAAUGUUCACAAGAGGCUUUCCAAGACUGAAUCUCUCAGCAACAUUUCCAAGGGCUCUAAUAUUGGUCUUAACACUGUAAAUAAGAUCAAAAAGGUAAAAACUUACUCGAUAAAGAGUAAACUAGAGAUAGAAAAGAAUCAUAGCUCAAGAAUACUUAUGAACAGCCAGAAAGUUGACAAGCUUCACCUUGAUAUAAUCAGGAAGAUCAAGAAGAAUACUGUCAAAAGUAACAACACCAGUGAGCUUCACAAGAAACUAGAAAUGAGUAAAACAGACUCUAGCCAAGACAUGAGCCAGUUCAAUAACUUGUUUGUGCCAGCACAGUUAUGUGAUUGUGAGAGUUCAAAGAGCAUAAAUCCAAGCAUUAAUGAUACCUGUGGGGGUUAUUGUAAGAAUUUAUCAGCGAAAGAGCAAAUAGAGUUUCUCAGGAAGACAUUUGAAAUCCCUCGAUACAUUAGAGAAGCUCAGGAAUACGCAAUCUCUGCUGAAUGGUGGCGAAGUUGGUGCGAUUAUAUCAAUAUUGAGUUUCAGACCAUCAGGAGUAUUGAAUUCAACAACGAAAAUCAGCUUCUCAAACUUUUUGCUAACAGUCACAAAACCUCUUUGAACUUAAAAUCUUACAAAUAACCCUGAUUCUAAGAAUUGAGAUGUAGAAUUUGAAUCAAAUCCUUUAUGUAAAAAUCCUUCAGGACUGAUUAAGGAUAUCUCGGACCAAAGUUGGAAUUCACAGAUAUUGGAAGACUCUUAUUGAAGACCUCAUAAAAUUAAGAACAAGGAAAUCGUAGAUAUAAACACAUUCGUGGAAUACUCCAAGAAAGACAAGAUAUACAAACUCAAGGACAACCUAAAAGAAAUAUACGAUUAUGUAAAAGUCGACUCAAAUGCCUGGGCUUACUUUAAGCACUGGUAUGAUUGAGAUUAUGAAAUUCUUGUAUAAAAGCACUUAUCAAAAUUCAAUAAUCCUG